AUGCUGGGCAAUUUUUUACGCUCCCCUGACGGCCAGGUCCUGGAUGUGCCAAGUCUGAAAGCUCCAGGCUUCAUUAAGGCAGCGGCAGACGGCCACUUUCCCGACGCCUCCGCCACGGCGCAUGGGGGACUGGUGCUCAAGUUGCGGAGUAGCACACCCAACUAUGAGGUGCUGAUGGCCUGUUUGUGGGUGGUUGGCAAGCCCCACUGUGCAGUGGUUGCCAUGUUUCCAGUGAUCCUGCUGCCCAUGAUGGGCGUGGGUGGCAAAAAAUAUGCCCUGGACAAUCAAUAUUUCAACCAUGUGAACUUCAUCCUGCUGGGCAGCUUCCUCUUGGCCUUUGCCAUCGAGGAGGUGGGUCUUCAUCACCGUCUGGCGCUCAAAUUGCUCUCCAUGGUGCCUGGGGACCCCAAGGCCACCUCCCUGUAUGAGGAGAUCAAAGGUGUUCCGCCUGAGGAGCGGCGCGGGGUUGUCGGUGGGGAGGACUCAGAAGAAGAUGUCGAGAGCACCAGUGAGGGCAGUGGUGGUGUGGUCAACGUGGCGAAGUUGGGAGAAGAGGAGCAUCUAAAGCAGCUCUUCAAGAAGAUCAUGCUGGGCGUGGCCUAUUCCUGCUCCAUCGGAGGCAUCUCCACCAAGACGGGCACCGGCACCAACUUGGCCUUCAUGGGCAUCUACAGCAACCUUACGGGGCAGACGAUCUCCUAUGGGCGCUGGACCGGGAUUCUGGUGGGGCUUCCGAUCUCGGUGUUGAUGAUCUUGGCUGCCUGGAUGGAGCUCACCUUGGUGGGAGGCCUUGGGCGUAAGGGCUAUCGCUUCCCCACAGAGACGCUGAAAGCACGCUACGAGAAGCUGGGGAAGACCACGAUGCCGGAGAUCGUUGUGGAGGCCAAGCUGGCCGCGCUGCUGGAGAUACUUCUACUUUGGGCAAGGGAUUUGGGGACUGAUGGAUUCAGCCUCUCCGACCUCUUCCCGGACUGGGUCAGCCGCUCCGCCGUGUCGGCGGCCGCGAUGUCCGGUGACGAUCCCAAAGCCUUCACGGAUGCCACGGUCGUCCUGCUUUGCACGCUGCCCUUGUUCUUCAUUCCUCGUACCAAGGACUGUGGCGAUGCCUUUGAUGCUCCGAUCUUGCAGUGGAUCCAGUCGAAGAUGCCAAUGGGACUCUUCCUGCUGAUCGGUGCGGGCUUUGCCAUCUCGCGUGCCUUUGACGUCAGCGGACUCUCUGUGGAGAUCGGCUUGGAGCUGAGCCAUGGCAGAGAUGGCUCACAGUUGGUUUGGCGAAGGUCUCAAACCACCAGCGACGUGGCCGUGGCGAACAUCUUGCUACCCAUUACGUUUGGUGUGGCCAAGUCCAUGGAGAUCGACCCACUGCUUUUAAUGCUUCCAGUGGGCCUCGCUUGCUCCUUGCCAUUCACCCUGGUGGUGAGUACGCCGCCCAACGCGAUCGCCUUUCAAACUGGGCUCAUCACCCAGAAGGAUCUCUUGGGCUUCGGACUGCCACUGACCAUACUUGGAAUGCUCAUCCUGCCACUGGGCAGCAUUUUCCAUGUCGGAUCAAUCCCCAAGAGGGUUCUCGCUGACCGAACGGGGCGUUCUGGCCCGGACCGGAUCCGAAGGACCCGGGAGCCGCGGGCGAGGCAUGAGGGCAACUCGGUGAUUUACGAGGCGCUGAAUGGAGGAAACUACAAGAUUGAUGUCUUGGAGAUGGUCCAGGUCAAUAUUUCCAAGGGCACCAGGCGGAACAUCCAUCGGCACCAGGGGCAUGGGAAGAACUGGUCCAUGUGGCAGUACGAGGCGGAGCGUGCUGAAGGGCGGAACUACACCCACUCCAAGACCACCCUGGUGCAGUAUCCCAAGGAGGUUUGCAUCGCCUUGGAGGACUGCUGGCGCCACGCCCGCGCGGAGGCCUCGCGGCUGGAGCUGGAAGGUGCCUGGGCGGUGGACCGGCAGCGCGCGGAGAGUGCUUGGCGGUGGAAGCUGCAGCGAGUGACCGGCCCCACCUUGCGCCGUGUGUUCGAGGGUGAUGCCGACGGCGAGCUGCUGCCGAUGGAGGGGGAACCUGUACAGCCCAGCUCCUUGGCAGCGGAGGCGCGCUUGGACGGUGCGCUGAGGGAGGUGCUGCUGGAAGCGGCCUUGAGGCAACACGCUUGGCCAGUGAACCAAGUGGUGGAGGCGCUGUAUUGGCUUCAGGACCGAGGCUUAGAGCUGUCUGCCUCGCAUGUGCGGAAGGCGGCGCUGUUGCACGGCGGCCUCACGCCGCUGAAGGUCUUCUUAGAGGCUCAGGUGGAUGUGCGAGGCUUGGAACUGCUGGUGGACCACCGUGCGGCUGCGAACCUCUCCAGUGGCAACACCAGCGGAGGCGGUUGGGUCCAACGAUGCAAGCCUGCGCUGAAAGCCCUAUUGGCCCGUGGGGCAGUGCUGGGGAGCCAUUCCCUUCAAUCGCGGCUGCUCAAACGCCUGGAAGAGGACGGCAUGGCGCUCUGGGUCCAGCGCGUCUUGGAGGCGUUGCGACGGCAGAGACCCGAACUGCCUGAGGGCUUCCGGGUCUCCUUCGCCAGUGGCACGUCGUCGCCUAGCUACGCUUGCGCCGGGGGUGUGGCAUCUUCGGGGGUGGCAGAUGGGGUAGGCUAUGGCUAUGGCUGGGGUAGGGAGUCAAAGAGCUACAAGAAGUUCUCUACCCACUUGCCAGAAGAAGCUUUGCCCGCCCCUCUUAUGGCUGUGGAGAUGAGUGAGAGGUGCUCCUUCCCUGGAGCGCCUUUAGCGACAAAUGGAGCCCGGCCACCGGUGAGCAGACCUCCACCUGCGCAGAGGAAACAUGAGCCGGUGAGCGCACGGGGUCCGUUGGCCGCAGAGGACCCGAGCGUUUGCGUGAGCGCAUCGACCUUGUCCAAGAUCCGGCGUGUGGAGCUUUGGGCCGAGGGGGCGCUGGGGAAAGUGCACCUAGAGGUGAAGUCCAUCGUGGCCCGUCCAGAUCAGCUGGCGCUGGGUGGUGUGCCCUCUCAGUAUGAUGGAUGCGGCAAACCGGUGCAGAGGAAGCUUCGCUACAACGUCUCCAGCCGGAAGGAGCGAACGUGGAAGAACUGGGAAGAUGGCUGUGAUGAGAACUGGGAGCCCACCGUGCCAGUGCCUGUGGACCCCUCCGAGAGCCUGGCGGAGGCGGUGUGCUGCGACACCCGCACCAAGGUCUAUGCCGAGCCGCAAUUCCUGUACCAGGCUCCAGAUAUUGCGCUCUUCAAGAGCUUGGAGGGAGUCACCACUUUCUAUGACUCUGUUUGCGGGCUACCACUCUUCAAAGCGCCAGUAAACAGGAGCAUGGCGGACUUCAAGGCUGAUACGGAUGAACAUGGCUGGCCAUCGUUUCGCAAGGAGGAGGUCUUCUCAGAGCACGUGAAGGUGGACAAGGAUGGCUUUGUGUAUUCCUCUUGCGGCACACAUCUGGGGAGCUACUUGCCCGAUGCUGCGGGGCCGCGCUACUGCAUGGAUUUGUCCUGCAUUGCAGGCAACCCAGUGGACUUCGUGGUCUAG